UUGCUUCACGUCCAUUCGCCACUAGUUACUUUUGAAUGAGAUUGACGUUUGGCCAUUCUAACCCCAAAUUCAGUUAAAUUCGAAGCAUUGCUUUCAAAAUAAAGGGGCGCUUAGCAGGUUCUCCCUGAGCAAAAUAAUACAAUGGCAGACGAGGAAGUACAGAAUGGCACAUCCGAUGAGAACGACAACAGCGAGAAAUCGCAGCAGAAGAAGCAGGCCAAGUACGACAGUGGGGCCGCUGAUUUGGAGAAGGUGACCGACUAUGCAGAGGAGAAGGAAAUCUCGACGCAGAACUUCGCCGUUGCCAUUUCAGCCAUUGGGGACCGGUGGAACCAGGCCGCCUUGGAGGAACAAGCCCGGGAGAAGGAGCUGUUGAAGGUGUCCAUCCGAAAGGAGGAUGUGGACUUGAUCGUCCGAGAAAUGGAAAUCCCCAGAUCCACGGCGGAACGAACGCUGCGUGAGAACCACGGCAAUGUCGUCAAUGCCCUGAUCUCACUCACAAAUUAGAUAACCCAUAGUAAAGUAAGAGACCAAAA